GUCUUAACUUCAGGUUGCACAAGGGAGGAGUGUUUGGGUGAAGGGGGGUGUUACUAUCGAUCCCAAUUCAGCAUGGGCUGCAAGUUCUCGCUGUGAGUUAAACGCAGCAGUGUAGCUGCGUUGAUUAUACGCAGCUGGGGGAUUUUUAAGUCAUGGAAGAGAUCGAGAACUACCUGAGCCUGAGAUUUAUCCAUCUCACACUUUUGUGAGUUUGUCGAGGAUGAAUCGGAACUUUUGCGCUUUGCCUUUCCGAGGCGACCCAGUGCCACAAGUUAAGAAUCCCCCGAUCAGGGUUGACACAGAAUUAGGGGUCAGAAGUAGGAGGGGAAAGAGUGAAAAUAGGCAAAAGCUGGUGUGAACACCAACAUGGACAUUGGGGAAGAGAUUUUCUGUGGCUUAUGACAAGAAGGAUAAAAACCCAAUAGAUUUAAUCGGUGAUGUGUUCCACGUGAAGCUGUAGUCGCUACUUCUGGCUCUCCAGUCUCGCUGAGAGGUGCCGUGCCCGUCAUCACUAUCGCCACAGCCCUUGCAGUGUCCGCUUCAGCUCAACAGAUUUGUCCUCGCAACAUCUGCACCUGUGGAAUUUAAUCUGUCGUUGCUGCACCAGCUUCGGCGAUCUUGUUUCGCGGAUGCCUCUCAGUGGAGUGGAGUGGAGUAGAGGUGUUGUGUGACGGUAGAAGCACUUUAUUUGCGCGCAAUUAGCGGGUGCUCGUAUUUAAGGGGCACAAGGUGAUCAAAGAAGUGAUCUAUCACAGGUGAGGUGGGGUUUGGGUCGUCAAGAUGCAGAUCUUUGUGAAGACGUUGACAGGGAAGACCAUUACUCUUGAAGUCGAGAGCAGCGAUUCCAUCCAAAAUGUGAAGACCAAGAUUCAAGACAAGGAAGGCAUUCCACCUGACCAGCAACGGCUGAUAUUCGCUGGUAAACAGUUGGAGGAUGAGCGUACACUGGCAGACUACAAUAUUCAGAAGGAAUCAACCCUGCACCUGGUGCUCAGGCUCCGGGGAGGUACCAUGAUCAAGGUGAAGACCCUUACUGGGAAGGAAAUUGAAAUUGACAUUGAGCCUUAUGAUACUAUUGAGCGCAUCAAGGAGCGUGUGGAGGAGAAGGAGGGCAUUCCUCCCGUCCAACAAAGGCUCAUAUUCGCCGGAAAGCAGAUGAACGACGACAAAACUGCACGAGACUAUAAUAUUGAGGGAGGAUCUGUGCUGCACUUGGUGCUUGCUCUCCGCGGAGGUUGGUGAUCACUACAAACUGUCUUUUGUUGUUACUAGAUCAUUGAUUAAGGUGUGGCAAUUAGCAUGUUGUUUCUCUAUCAGGCUGAUUCUCAUCCUUCAGUUCCGCGAGAAAUGCUAUGUGUUUUGUGUGGACAUGCAAGCUGUAGUAUACAACUUGUUUCUAACAGACACGACGAUGCAUGUCUUGAUCUGUACUUUGGUUUACCAUAUUGUAAUCCUACUGGAAGGGAAUUGUGUGAAAAUAUUUUCCUCGCUGAACGGCUUGAAAUGA